AUGGGAAACAAGUAUCGAAGCCUAAAGGGAUGCUGGACAUGUCGUGUAAGGAAGAGGAAAUGUGACGAGAAGGUUCCAAUCUGUUCAGCUUGUGGAUCUCUGGAGCUGGAGUGCCACGGAUAUGAAGAGCAGCCAAUUUGGAUGGAUCGAGGCUCGAAACAGAAGGCAGAAGCGAUAAAGAUCAAACAGAUGGUAGCGGACCUCAGCUCAACAUUCGUUACAACACCUACAACCACACAAAGACACUCCUGGGGGCUCGAGGCUGUCUUUCCUUACUCUGCAGCCUCUUCCCACUCAGACGGCUCUGAUCAUGAGUUUGCUCCAUUAAAUGAUACCUUGUCGGAUUUUCUUCCUUCCGACUUGUUUUUCCCCGAGUCACAAGCCUUAUCACACGAGAUCGAACUUCUUCACUCUAAUGGUUAUACAUUUGAGUGUGAUCUUUUAUCUCCACCCAAUAUCCAAUUACAAACCAACAAAGUUGCAUGGCCUCAGCCUGCAAAGGUCCCAGAAUUGAUGUCUGGAUCUGGACACUCUUCUUCUCAGAAAAAUCACCCCGUCAUCUUCAAUAAACCAGCGCUGGCCAUCGAUAAAUUAGGAGACGCUACAAUAUUGGCUUACUAUUUUGAAAAAGUAUUCAACUGGCAGUUUCUGUCUUGCCAAUCACAUUCUUCAGCCUUCAAUCAGGGACAUAUUAUGUGGCUAGUCUCUAAGUCACAGCCACUAUGCCAUGCUACAUUGGCCUUGAGCAGCUCGCACAAAUACCUCCAGACAAAUACAACCAUCGAUGAACACACCCCUCAAUAUGACGUGGCGAUCAAAGAACUUCAUACUGAGUUGCAAAAUCCAAAAUCAUACGAAGAUGUCUCGAUAUAA